AUGCUGAGAGCUAAUGGUGAUUGUUCACGUGAGACAUCCCAGGAGAGAAGGCGGAGAAGGAUUGAGAUAAGGCGGAAUGCUGCAGUCAUGGCAGCCAGUGGUGAGUCACUGUCCUUUACUCCAGGUGUUCAUCUCAGGCAGGGAGGGCCGAGUGUUGUUACUCACCAGGAUCCACAUCAGGGUGGUUCCAUGGAAAGAGCUGAUCCUUCUCCCAUUGUUCAUCACUGGCAGGGAAGCCAGGGUGUUGUUAUCCACCAGAACCGGCCGCAGGGUUAUUCCACCGCCCGGGCUUAUCCUUUGUCUAUGACAGGUUCUUCAGAGGAGGAUCCAGAUGAGGCAGCAGAGAGAAACUUGAAUCAUGUGCCUGGAGUUGUGAUUCCUGUGGUUGGAGCAGUAGCAGUUGCUGGGAUGCUACAGAGAAUGGAGGAUGCAGUGACUGUUCAGACCAACUUGUGCUCGCCAACCAUUAAUCAUUGCCAUCCAGUGCAUUUCUUUGGUGUUUUUGAUGGACAUGGAGGAGCUCAUGUGGCCAUAAUGUGCAGGGAAUGGAUGCAUGUGAUAUUGGAGGAAGAACUGAUGCGCUUGGAGUGCCCCAUACUACCAAGUUCAAGUGGCACUAGCAGCUCAAGGGCACCAGCACUAGGACAACCUGAUGUUGAAUGUAUUCUUAAAGAGGCAUGGACACAGGUGUUACAAAGGUGUUUCUCAAGAACAGAGGAGUUGGCAAUGAAUACGUGUCAAUGUGGGCGUGUGGGAUUCGAGUGCAGCUGCAACCAAAAUUGGUUGGUCUACUCAGGGUCUGCUGCGGUAGUGGUGGUUUUGACUGAUGAAUACAUUGUGGCAGCAAACUGUGGUGAUUCACGUGCCAUCCUCUGCUGCAGUGGGAGUGUUAUUCCACUCUCUGUUGAUCACAAGCCUAAUAGACCAGAUGAACUUGCUAGGAUAGAAGCAAGUGGAGGAUGUGUUUUUGUUUUGGAUGGUGCACCACGUGUUGGAGGGAUUCUGGCUAUGUCACGAGCAAUAGGAGACGGGUAUCUAAAACCUUCUGUGAUAUCGGUGCCUGAAAUCACUUUCAUAAGGAGGACUGAGGAACAAGAAUUUUUUAUUAUUGCAAGUGAUGGCCUGUGGGAUGUAAUGUCCAACGAGAUGACAUGUCACGUCGUCAGGCAGUGCCUAAGAGAAGAAAAUUCUGGACGAAAUAAAGGGCAUGGAUUACUCCCAUCCCUAUGUGCUUCAGCUGCAGGGUUACUGACUAACCUUGCCAUUGCCCGAGGAAGUGCCGACAAUAUUACUGUUGUAGUCGUUGAUUUGAAGAGGAUGGUGACGGCAUGA